UCGUGAAAUAUUAAUUAUUUUAUUAAAAACAAAUUUGAUCGAAACGUGAAAGAACCCAGACGUGCGGACGGUACUAUGCGAAGUGCAUAUUAAAAAUUAAUUUGAAACUGAGCAAAACAAUUAACCAAUCAAGGAAUAAAUUCCUCGAAGCCAAGAAAAGCAGCUGCAAAUUAAUUGAUUACUUGCAUUUAACAAACAAAAAAACUCCGCUGACCACUGGUGAUGUCACAACUGCGUUCGAAAGUCAUUAGCCUCUACAAGCACUUGCAGUAUUUGGGCCGCGAAUAUCCCGGCCUGAACGGGCCGCAAAAGUUCAGGAAGCAGAUCCACGAUGCCUUCAUGAAUAACAAGGAUGAGCAGGAUCCCAAGAAGAUCGUGGCCCUUCUGGCCCAAGGACGCUAUUUGGCCAAGGAGGUGGAGGCCCUGUACUCCCUAAAAAAGUAUAGGAGCGUUAAGCAGCGCUAUAGCUACAAUGACUAAGCGGGCGAAGCGGAAUGAAGGCGUGGCAGCGAUGCGGAAAUCGUCCGAAAAUUCAAGGACUGAUGACGGGAGUACGAAGGAGGGAGGGAUCGUGAGAAUAUGAUACGUAUGCCUUGCUUGUCGCACACAAAAAGAUACAAGAUAUAUAUACACCCAUAAAUGCUUAUUGUUCGGCCAAAGCAAAGUCAACCCAAAACACACGCAAAAAAUACAUAUUAAUAAUUUCGAAUGUCUUGUCAAUGUCUAACUUAAAGUUUGUUAUUGAGGCAGCCAAAAACAAAAAAAAAAAAAGCGAAAAAAACGGACGUAGCGAAUAAACGAAGCAGUCAUUGAAUAAACCAAAA